AUGUCUACCGAGGUGCGAUAUGCUCCACCAUGGCAAGACUUGAGCAUCAUUGGGAUCGCUGGUAGUUCUGGCUCCGGCAAGACUUCCGUGGCAAUGGAGAUCGUCAAGUCUUUAGACUUGCCGUGGGUGGUGAUCCUUGUAAUGCCUUUUGUUCUAAUGUGGUACUCGCAGGACUCGUUCUAUAAGACAUUGACUCCCGAACAACACCACAAGGCUCAUGCAAACGAAUAUGACUUCGACUGCCCGGAUUCGCUUGAUUUCGAUGUUUUGGUCGAUACUCUCCGGGAUCUUAAGAAAGGAAAGAAAGCGAACAUCCCAGUCUAUUCAUUUGCCGAUCACCAGCGGCAGUCUCAUACGACCACCUUGUACUCACCUCGCGUGAUUAUUCUCGAGGGAAUUCUAGCCUUGCAUGAUCCUAGAAUUGUGGAGAUGCUGGAUGUGAAGAUCUUCGUUGAAGCGGAUAUGGAUGUGUGCUUAGGUCGUAGAAUCCUGCGUGACGUCCGCGAGCGAGGGCGCGACAUUGAAGGCAUCAUCAAACAGUGGUUCAAUUAUGUGAAGCCAUCUUACACCAAAUUCGUCGAGCCUCAACGCUCCGUCUCAGACAUCAUCAUUCCCCGUGGCAUUGAGAACAAGACCGCUAUUGACAUGGUUGUUAAGCACAUUCAGCGCAAGCUGCAGGAGAAAUCCGUCAAGCACAGCGAAGAACUUCAUAAAUUGGGUUUGAUUGCGGCGGAAGUCGACCUGCCUGCGAAUGUGCAUGUGCUGCCCCCAACGCCGCAGUUUCUCGGCAUGAACACUAUCCUACAAAACCCGGAAACCGAGCAGGAGGAUUUUGUUUUCUACUUUGAUCGGCUGGCAUCGAUCUUAAUUGAGAAAUCCUUGGAUAUGACAUCCUAUGUUUCUGCGAAUGUGGAAACCCCACAAGGAGAACAAUACCUCGGUUUGCACCUCCAGGGUACUGUGUCAGCUGUGGUUAUUUUACGCGGAGGCUCAUGCAUGGAGACCGCUCUUAAGCGAUCCAUUCCCGACUGUAUCACUGGUCGCGUGCUUAUCCAAACGAACGAGAGCAAUGACGAGCCAGAGCUACAUUACUUGAAACUUCCGCCGCAGAUUGAUGAGCAUGCAACCGUCAUUCUUAUGGACUCUCAAAUGUCGAGUGGCGGUGCUGCACUCAUGGCUGUCCGCGUCUUGCUUGAUUACGGGGUCAAACAAUCGAGCAUUGUUUUCGUAACCUGCGCUGCGGGUGAACUGGGUCUGAAAAGGCUGACUGCCGUGUAUCCCAACAUCAAUGUGAUUGUUGGACGGAUUGAGGACGAGGGAGAACCACGCUGGAUAGAAAAGCGGUACUUCGGAUGUUGA